CUUUUACAAAUGCGUUUGCAGAAACUGCCAUGGGCACUUCACUACGAGACCUUGGUGCGUCCCAGCAGCGGUAUCGAGAAGCGGUUCAUCAGAUGGGCGAACAUUUUAUUUAUAGAUUAAUGAGGCCAUGGUUGCACGUCAAUUGGAUAUUCUGGUUGACGCCAACAGGUAGAGAGCAAAGAAAAAUUCUGAAGAUAUUACAUGGAUUUACUGAACAAAUUAUUGCUGAAAGAAAACUUUAUCAUAAUCGCACUAAUAAUCAAUACUUGAAAAGCUUUGGUAAUGACAUGUCGGCAAAGAGAGAUGACGCAGAACCGAUAGAAAGUACGUAAUGUAAUCAGUAAACUG